AUGGAUGCUGAUUUUGAAGACCGUUUUAUCGGCCAAACGAAUUACUGUUGGAUAAUUCCUUGCCUUUUAGCAUUCCUACCGCCCCACGAUAUGGAACUUGAGGGCCUGGCCCUGUGGUCAUAUGUGCUUGGGUGGCUAACGUGCUCCAUCUCGAUUAUCGCACGAUACACAGGACCGGGACUCGCGUGGGAUGACGCAUAUCUCGUCUUUUGCGUCCUCGUCAUAGUCGCCAGCAAAUCAGUCUGUCACUUUGCCUGGGCUGCAGGCGUCGGGAAGCCAUUCUCACAAGUGCCGCCCCAAGACCGGUCGCAGGCCAUCUUCAUGAGCAUCCUGUCGACGGCCGUCGUGCCGUGGGAGUUUACGCUGCCCAAGCUGGCCAUCGUCGUGUUCAUCCAAAAGAUCGUCCCGACCAGCAGGAGACGGUCCCGGACCUGGCUUGCCGCCUGCGCCAUCUCCUUUGCGAUCAUGUUGUGCAUCAGCGUCUGGCAGUUUGCGCAGUGCAGGCCCGUGUCGCAGGUGUGGGAUCCCGUGCCUGGUGGGAGCUGCGCCGAUCCCAGGAUCAACGCCGCGCUGGCUUACACCAGCUCGGUCAUCUCGAGCGCCAUCGAUCUCGCCAUCUGCCUCUGCUCCGUGCCUGUCUUCCUGGGCCUGCAGAUGAGCGCCCGAAACAAGGCCACCGUCAUUGCUGCCGUGAGCUUUGGCACACUUGCCUUCAUCGCGGCCAUGGUCAAGAUGGUUUUCCUCAAGGAUCUGGUCCACAUGCCUGAUGACCCUACAGGCGAUGCAGGCUCCAUCAUCCCCCUAUACAUGUUGGUCGACCUGGAAUCCAUGCUGUUGAUACUGGGCGCCUGCAUGGGGUCAGUUUUCAAGCUCUUCAAGCCGAAGCCCCGCCGAGACACGGGACAGAUGGAAAGCAGCAGCUGUAGAAAGUCCUCCUUCCUCACCAGCUUCAGCAUAUUUGGUCGAGGCGACUCGAUGCACUAUUCUACCAGACCCUAG